CUUUCGAAUAGUUUAUACACGAGUUAACUUGAAAAUAAGGAGUGGAUAACUCUCGCUGGACCAUAAAAUGACAACACACAACUCAAUGAGUUCUAUACCAGAUUUAAUUAGCAGCAGUGUUUCAUUAGACCUAGGCAAAGACACAUACCAUGAACACCAACAUGAUCACACUGGGCCAAUGGGAACCAUUUAUCCCUUUGGCCCCCAGAGAUCAUUUAUCAGAAGCAUCACAAGAGAAUUCAGAAGUGUUUUAAGGCUCAAACAGUCAAGAAAGAUCAUUCUGUUUCUUGGAUUGAAUGUCCUUGGUACAGUCAUCUUAUUUCUCUGGUGCCAUGCAACCAACAGUAUGGCACUUACAGCUUACACAUAUCUCACCAUUUAUGAUAUUUUUAGUCUGUUGAUUUGCCUGCUGAGUUUGUGGGUACAGAUGCAGAAGCCCUCACCUGCCUAUUCAUUCGGGUAUGAGAGAUUUGAAGUAUUAGCUGUCUUUGCAAGUACAAUGCUGGCUCAGCUUGGUGCACUUUUCAUCAUUAAGGAAAGCAUUGAAAGACUGCUGAUCCCUCCAGAAAUCCACACGGGACGACUUAUGAUAGGAACUGUAUUUGCCUUUUUUCUGCACAUGUUUGUUACAUACAGUAUCAACAACAAAGCCAUAAACCACACUGUACAUGCUUCUAGUUCUAGUUGGCUUCAGGAACAUGUCUCUGAUAUGAGUGAAAGUGUUUGUCAUGUUAUUCCUGGUCUAAGUAAAAUCCUGCUACCAAGGAUUAACCCUUUUGCACUGAUUGGAUGUACAGGAGCCAUAGCUUUAAUACUCACAUAUAUCCUUGUAGAUACAAAGUCAUACUAUUCAGCUGAUACUUGGGCAGCAAUGGCAAUAGCCAUCAAAACGUGUGGGACUAUGUUUCCUAUGAGUGUUUACACAGGCAAGAUUCUGCUGCAGACUGCCCCUUCACACAUCCUGGGACAGCUGGACAAGGUGUUGAGGGAGGCUUCCACUCUGGAUGGGGUACUGGAGUUCAGACAUGAACAUUUUUGGACUCUCUCAUUUGGGACCCUGGCUGGUUCUGUACAAGUGAGGGUAAGAAGAGAUGCCGAUGAACAAAUGGUGCUGGCCCAUGUCUACAAUAGACUUUCUAACCUUGUGUCUCAGUUGACUGUACAGAUAUUCAAGGAUGACUGGACGAGGGCUUCAUCCUAUAACCUGCUGGCAGGGUCCUCCUUUCCUUCCCCAUUUCCUCCCACAACAGGGAGCCAGAGAGGACUCUCACCCAAUCUGGAUCAGUCUCAAAGAUACAAAGUGAUCAAACCAUUUUCUCAAGAUGUUAGUAAUGUGUCACAAGACCAGAGGACAUCUACUCCCAUUAGGGGGUCAUCUGUGUAUGGACCAAGUAGUCCUAACUCAAGUUAUCAAGUUUACAGUAAUCAAGGUCAUGGACACAGUCAUCAAGGUCAUGGACACAGUCAUCAGGGGCAUGGCCAUAGCCAUUGAAAGUCUAUCUAUGAAAACUAAUAAGUUUCAGUUUCUUAGAUGCCUACAAGAUCUAGAACAAUUGUCU